CUUAGCCGAACUCUCACUUCCAAAACUCUGAAUAUCUUUCUCUAAAACUAACCUUUGGAGCGACAACAGCAUCAACAAACAGUAAGAAACCCUUCUAGCUAUUUAUUUCGACUACCUUCCAAUUUCAUUUCAAUCUAGAUUUUAAAUCUUAUAUCAAGGAAAAAACAAAAGAAUGGCAACAAGUUUUAAAAUAGGUUAUGCAUUCGAACCAAACAAGAAGACUUUUAUCACAGAUGCAAUAGUGGAUAAAUCAAAACAAAGAGGUAUUGAUCUUAUCAAGAUAGAUACUGAUAAACCAUUAGCAGAGCAAGGUCCGUUUGACUGUAUUUUACAGAGAUUAUCUAAUGAGAUUAGGAUUAAACAGUUGGAAGAAUAUUCAUCACUAAACCCUGAUGUUUUGAUCAUUGAUCCUCCUUCCAAAAUUGAAGUUCUUCAUGAUCGUUAUUCAAUGUUACAUUGUGUAGAAGAUAUGAUGAAAAUGAAUGGUCAAGAGAAUGAAAUUGGAAUGCCCACUUUUGGGAUACCGAAGCAGGUUCUGGUAAAAGAUGUUCAUUCGCUGAUGAAUGUGAAUGCGGAGGGGGGGUUGAAACUGAGAUUCCCUUUGAUUGCAAAACCAGAAAUGGUUGAUGGGAGUAUGCAGUCGCAUGAGUUGUCAUUGGUGUAUAAUCUCAAUGCUUUGAAAAAAGUUCACACCCCGGUUGUUUUGCAGGAGUUUGUCAAUCACGGUGGUGUUAUGUUCAAAGUUUAUGUUGUUGGUGAGUAUGUGAAAUGCGUGAAGAGGAAUUCGUUGCCAGAUAUAUCAGAGGAACAGUUGGAUCUCGAAAAGAAUCCUGUGCCGUUUUCGCAAGUAUCGAAUAAACAGAGUCAAGAACAUAGUGACCAUAUGUCUAAUGAGGAAAUGCGCAUAGAAGAUGCUGUAAUGCCGCCGGAUAGUUUGGUCACUUGUAUUGCUAAAGGGUUAAGAGAAGCUACGGGAUUGCAUCUGAUGAAUUUUGAUCUCAUUAGGGAUUCAAGAAUUAGUAACCAUUAUCUUGUUCUUGACAUUAAUUACGCCCCUGGGUAUGAGAAAAUGCCUUCUUAUGAAUCUGUUUUGGCGGAUUUCUUUUGUGAUCUUAGAAAAAGAAAGCGGAAGGUAAAGUUCUACUCACUCUUUCGCCAAAUGUUGUGUUGUGGUUAGUUAGUUGAAUAGCAAGUUUGUAAUACUCCGACUUUGUACUUCUCAUAGAGGAGGUUUGGUUUUGGUAUGUCAUCAUGUUGAUUGUUCAAAAAAAAAAAAUGUUAUAUGUACUGUUUUGGUACCAGAGGUACCCAGUUUCUCAAAUUUACUGGAAAUUUUAGGAAGUUCAAAGUUGUAUGUACUGUUUUGGUGUAACCUUCAUCCAGUGCUUGGAAAUUUUAUUUUGGAAAUAAGAUAUACACUUUUCAUAUC